AUGCUUGGUUCCAUCAGUGAGUUCACAUCAUUGCUGAAGCUCUUGUGUUGCGUGACAUGCGAAGAUAACGAGGAUGGUGAGAAAGUACAAGCCCUAGCUGGAAUCAUGGGCGAUGCUCUCCCUGGCGCUAUCGCAGCCAUCAAUCACGCGGACGAAAUGAAGGCUGACACCGAGAUUCUCGACCUUCCACUCGCCAUAAAGUACUUCCUGGAAUGGUCUUCGGAUCUGCCAGAGUACGGCAUGGAGUGCAACAAAGGCGUCCUGGGCGCGAAGGAGCUUUUGGAAAAGGCAAAGUCUAGCGGCGAGUCCAAGCUACGCAAGAAGACGGGAAAAGACCCUUGGGGUUGGGCAAAGCGGCUGAACUGGAUUACAGCAAACGCCAUGUCUCCCACGCUCGGAGGCACACAUUACAAUAUUACCAAUAUGUCGCGCAAGACGAGGGCGAGUCAUGCUUUUGACAAAAAAGAUCCCUCAGCGGAUAUGUCGGAUAAGGAUCUCAAGGAUGGCAAUCUCGACUUUGCUCAACGUACAAGAUCUGUUCUGUUGAUUUCGGUAUGUCGGAAAUACUCUGCCUCAGUCUGUUCCUAUUUCGCCACCAUUUACCAAAGCUGA